GGUCGCUUUUUAAUGACAUCACGUCGUCGUGUGCCGUAAGCGCAUUUUGCAGAUUUGUUCAACAUGGCGGCGUUGGCAGGGAUGCGUGCGUGCCUUCCCUCCGUUCUGCAGCUCUCUGCAUCAGGCCUGUUACACAGCUCCAACAGAGUGUGUGCGAUCCCUCUAAUUAGGAGGGGCUUUGCUGUCGAAGCGAAGAAGGUGUACUCAAGAGAAAAGCCUCAUGUGAACAUUGGCACCAUCGGUCACGUUGACCACGGCAAGACCACGCUCACUGCUGCCAUCACUAAGGUGCUGGCUGAAGCGGGAGGUGCUCGCUAUAAGAAGUAUGAGGACAUAGACAACGCUCCUGAGGAGAAGGCCAGAGGAAUCACCAUCAACACCUCCCAUGUGGAGUACACCACCUCCAACCGCCACUACGGACACACAGACUGCCCUGGGCACGCAGACUACGUCAAGAACAUGAUCACGGGCACGGCGCAGCUGGACGGCUGUAUCCUGGUGGUUGCUGGGACAGACGGGCAGAUGCCGCAGACACGGGAGCACCUGCUGCUGGCACGGCAGAUCGGCGUGGAGCACGUGGUGGUGUACAUCAACAAGGCAGAUGCUGUGGAUGACCCGGAGAUGCUGGAGCUGGUUGAGCUGGAGAUGAGGGAGGUGCUCACGGAGUUCGGCUACGACGGAGAGAACACGCCCAUCAUCACAGGCUCCGCUCUCUGUGCCCUGGAGAACAGGAGUCCGGAUCUGGGAGUGGACAGUGUGCUGAAACUCCUGGAUGUGGUGGACUCCUACAUCCCCUUGCCCAAGAGGGAGCUGGAGAAGCCCUUCCUCCUGCCCAUCGACGGAGUCUUCUCCAUCCCCGGCAGAGGCACAGUGGUGACGGGCACGUUGGAGAGAGGGGUGAUUAAGAAGGGUGAUGAGUGUGAGUUCGUGGGACGCAAUCGCUCCUUCAAGUCUGUGGUGACAGGGGUGGAGAUGUUCCACCAGUCUCUGGAGAGGGCGGAGGCGGGGGAUAAAUUGGGCACUCUGGUCAGGGGGCUGAAGAGAGAGGAUGUGAGGAGGGGGAUGGUCAUGAGCAAGCCUGGCUCCAUCCAGCCGCACCAAAAAGUACAGGCACAGGUAUAUAUUCUCAGUAAAGAUGAGGGAGGCCGACACAAGCCCUUUAUGUCCAACUUCAUGCCGGUGAUGUAUUCCCUGACCUGGGACAUGACCUGCAGGGUCAGUCUUCCCCCAGGCAAGGAAAUGGUCAUGCCUGGAGAGGAUGCGUCUCUGACCCUUCAGCUCCGGCAGCCCAUGGUGCUGGAGAAAGGCCAGCGCUUCACCCUCCGAGACGGGAACCGCACCAUCGGCACAGGCCUGGUGACCGAGGUGCUGCCCCAGGACCCCGGGGAGAACAUCAACUGGGGCUGAGGGGUGGGGGGCUGCUGAACGUAGAUUUACAGCCCCAAUAAACAGCCACUCAGACAGGGGAAUGGGGGCCAGAUUGCCUGCAUUUUUACAAAAAUCUUCUGGACUACGUGAGCUUUGAGUCUUGAUUCUUUCUUUCAGAGGGCUGAACUGCUAUUUGUUUCUUGUGUAAUAAUAAAAAUAAAAUGUAUUUACCACC